AUGGUGGCACCUCAAUCCCUAGAAGGUGCAGAGUCAUUGUUCAACAGGAGAGUGGAGAAGUCCAAAGAACUCUUUUUUACAACCCUAGGCUGGCACCACUGCAAUCUGGGUCUGCUGAGAGAAGAGAAUGGGGAGAAACAAGCCAUGGAAAGGCUGCUCUCUGCUAAUCACAACCACCUGAUGGCACUGCUUCGGCAAAUUCUGUACAAUGAGUCUCUGUCCCUGUCAUGGAGGGAUAUCCUUGUACCUGUGGUCUGUCAGGUAGUUCAAACUGUACGUCCUGACGUCAAGAACAGAGAUGAUGACAUAGAUAUCUGCCAGCCACAUCAAAAGAAUAAGCUUCAGACAGUGGAUAUUCCUGGUGGAAAGAAUCUUGACUCCAUGGUGAUGAAUGGAUUUGUUUGCACCAAGAACGUUGCACACAGAAAGCUCAGAGAUUCUAGUGAAGGGAGGAGAAAAAGCUUCCCUUAUGCAUAUAUAGCAAAAUAUCAUUUCCACCCCUAUCAUUCCAGAAGGAGCACCAGCUAUGUAGCAAGUGAACAGGGAGAUCUUUCGACAGAACAUGAAUCCAGGGGAGAAACAAUUUUCCAAGAAUAUCUGACACACCAAGGGACAGUAGUAAAGCCCCAUAGCUGGCAGACACAGAACCAAAUAUGUGCUGUGUCCUACCACAUGUGGACAGAUGAAGAAGAAAGAGUCCUUUACGCAGAAUUUCACCAGGCCUUUGGAUUCCAACAUCUUCUCUUCUACGAGCUGCGGAGCUUCUCAGGCACAGUAGUCCAAAAAGGCCAUUCUACGAACUGUACAGACCAAGACAGCCACCCAGAAUCUAUGCUCUUCAAGGUGGAUGGUUAUCUGGAUUCACUGACAUGUGCCCACGAAAACACGGGACACAUAAUCGUCUACUCAAAUUACCCUUCUUGUAAUGAGGCUUACCACUGCUGCGUAAGAAAGAUCAAUCACUUCUUGCUAAAGUACCCCAAAGUCGCACUCUGCCUCUGUUUCUCUCAGCUUCAUCAUGCCGAGGGCAGCUUCGCCACCACUGCAUGGCACUGCCAAGCUCUGUGGAGCCUUUCCAGCCUGCGGCCUCAGGUGACACUGCCCCCACUGCCGGCGGGGACGUGGUGUCACCUCCUUUCCAGUUUCAUCUACAGCAUCCCUGGGUCAACGCUUUAUCAGCCAGCUACACCACCAGGAACCUCAAAAGAACAUAAUCCACAUCGAAUCAACAACUUAACAGUAACAGAACCAUAUUUUAGGAAAGCAUGUCCACAAGCAAUGCAGGGAAAGCCUGCUGUGCAGCAAAACUUAAAGACCUUUUCUUUUUCUAGCCCUGCCUUCCAAAAGCCUUUACAAGUGAUGAAAGGCAGUCUGCCACCUCUGAUGUCUCAAAGCCACUUGGUGCUUUUCCCAGCAUUGUUUCUGCCCUCUCAGAGGGAACAUCUAUACCCCAGACCUAAAAAUAUUGUACGGCAUUUAAAAAUGCCAAAUGAAUUAUUCAAUGAAACUAGUAAUUAUGAAACAUUUCCAAGCAGCAGAGCAGCAGACACCUAUGCUGAAGAUGACAGAAUUCAAACCACUUUCAGGUCAGAAAACCUGGACUGA